AUGGCGGAGAUUCGCAGAAAGCUUGUGAUUGUUGGCGACGGAGCCUGUGGAAAGACCUGUCUCCUGAUUGUUUUCUCCAAGGGUACAUUUCCAGAGGUUUAUGUCCCAACCGUCUUCGAGAACUACGUUGCCGAUGUCGAGGUCGAUACAAAGCAUGUUGAGUUAGCUCUUUGGGAUACGGCUGGGCAAGAAGAUUACGACCGACUCCGCCCUCUCUCGUAUCCCGAUUCGCACGUCAUCCUCAUUUGCUUCGCCGUCGACUCCCCAGAUUCCCUUGACAACGUCCAGGAGAAGUGGAUUUCCGAAGUUCUACAUUUCUGCAGCGGUCUGCCCAUCAUUCUAGUCGGUUGCAAGGUGGAUCUUCGUUUCGAUCAGAGGACUAUUGAGGAACUCCACAAGACAAGCCAAAAGCCCGUUACCCCCGAGCAGGGUGAGGAGACCCGAAAAAAGAUUGGUGCCUACAAGUACUUGGAGUGUUCAGCAAAGACCAACGAGGGUGUCCGAGAGGUUUUCGAACAUGCGACCCGUGCCGCACUCCUGACCAAGAAGAAGAAGGAGAAGAAGUGCAUUGUUCUGUAA